AUGGGCUGUCCGCGACAAGGACGAUUAUUUGUGGAAUUGCAGGAUUUUGCUUCCACGGGAUGUUAUUAUUCCCUUUCUUUCAAGACCAAAGACGAGCAUGUUCCAUCCCUAUUGACUUGUAUUGCCAUCCUCGACAUGAUUGUCCACGACAUAGGUGUUCCGCAUUGUGACUGCAGAUUUUGCGUUUCGCGUCCACCUUUGUCGUGCGGGGGAGUAUUGGAGAUAUCUUGCUCGGCCGCGGCCGCUGCCACUUCGGCCAACAUAUCUAGCGGAGUCUGGUUAGGGUUAGGGGUCUGCAUUGCUACAGAUCGUUCGACGAGAAAUUUCAUUAAGAUCAAGGAGAGUACUGCUAUCUCAAUCGCCAAAAGGAACAUUGCCAAAAUUCAAGCUUCAGAUUGUUUCCGUCACUACUUCAGAGGAAUGAUUCUCCCAUAUUCGACACAAUUCACUUGCCCUGUUAAAGAGAAUGGAUUCAGCUCUUCCUCACUACUCUCCGCCGUUUCUGCUUCUUCCCAUUGCAAAAGGAAUCGUUUUGAGGUCACUUCGUUGAGAUAUGACUGUUUCGCUUCCGUGAAGAUUGCCUCCUCGAAGAGGAAUGCUAUGAGGUCGAGAAGAAAUGUGAAAGCUUUUGGGUUGGUUGAUAAACUUGGGAAGAAGAUAUGGAGAGAAGAAGAAGAAAGUGACAGUGACAGUGAAGAUGAGGUCAAAAAAGACACCUCGAGCAAAAGGGGAGACGAGAAAGCAGGUCUGGAUGAUCCAGAAGAGAGACGAGAAUGGAGGAAGAAGAUAAGAGAGGUGAUUGACAAACAUCCUGAUAUCGAAGAGGAAGAGAUUGACCUUGUUGAGAAGAGGAGGAAGAUGCAGAAGCUUCUUGCUGAUUACCCACUUGUUGUGAACGAGGAGGAUCCUAACUGGCCUGAAGAUGCUGAUGGUUGGGGGUUUAGCUUCAAUCAGUUCUUCAAUAAGAUAACUAUCAAGAACGAAAAGAAAGACGAUGAUGAUGAUGACGAAGAUGAUGAUGGUGAGAAGGAGGUUGUGUGGCAAGAUGAUAACUACAUACGCCCGAUUAAAGAUCUCACCACUGCUGAAUGGGAGGAGGCGGUGUUCAAAGAUAUCAGUCCUCUCAUGGUUUUUGUUCACAACCGCUACAAAAGGCCAAAAGAGAAUGAAAGAUUCAGGGAAGAGAUAGAGAAGGCGGUGCAAGUAAUAUGGAACUGUGGACUUCCUUCACCAAGAUGUGUUGCUGUUGAUGCUGUGGUUGAGACAGAUUUGGUAUCUGCUCUGAAAGUAUCUGCGUUCCCAGAGAUCAUCUUCACUAAAGCCGGAAAGAUACUAUACCGUGAGAAAGGGACUAGAACAGCAGAUGAGCUCUCAAAAAUCAUGGCUUAUUUCUAUUAUGGAGCUGCAAAGCCACCUUGUUUGAAUGGUAUCGAUAGUUCUCAAGAACAGAUUCCUUCAGUCGAUGUAAGUGUCGAUUAA